CCGGCGCUCGCUCGCUGGCUGCUGGCGCCGCCACGUCACGUGACCCAGAUAAUUGGUACAGCUAGUCGCGCACCAACUGCUCGCCUCCCCUGACCUGCAGCCUCUGGACCUCACUGCCGCGCCGACCCCCCCACUGGCCCGACUUGCUGCUGGUUGCCCUGAGGAGCCCACUGUCCCUCGCUCAAGGAGACCGCCUCCCUGCCCUUUGCCUCAUAAUGAGUCAGCUGAGGCUGCUGCCAUCCCGGCUUGGGGCACAGGCCUCGAGGCUCCUGGCCGCACAUGGCGUCCAAAGGUUCAGCUGGUACAGCAGGUCGUCUGGGCCACCGGCCACCUUCCCAAGCAGCAAAGUUGGAGGCGGCUCCAGUUACAUGGAGGAGAUGUACUUCGCCUGGUUGGAAAACCCCCAGAGUGUCCACAAGUCCUGGGACAGCUUCUUCCGGAAAGCCAGUGAGGAAGCCUCUUAUGGUCCGGCUCAGCCCCGGCCCCUUUCUGUUGUCCCUGAGAGCAGGCCGGCAGUGUUGAGCCGGACCAAGACCAGUAAGCUGGUGGAGGACCACCUGGCUGUGCAGUCUCUGAUCCGGGCCUACCAGAUCCGUGGCCACCAUGUGGCCCAACUGGACCCCCUGGGCAUUCUGGAUGCAGACCUGGACUCCUUUGUGCCCUCAGACUUAAUCACCACCAUUGAUAAAUUGGCCUUCUACGACCUGCGGGAGGCUGACCUGGAUAAGGAGUUCCAGCUGCCCACAACUACCUUUAUUGGAGGCUCUGAAAACACCCUUUCUCUGCGGGAGAUCAUUCGGCGCCUGGAGAACACAUACUGCCAGCACAUCGGUCUGGAGUUCAUGUUCAUCAAUGACGUGGAGCAGUGUCAGUGGAUCCGGCAGAAGUUCGAGACCCCUGGCGUGAUGCAGUUCUCCAGCGAGGAGAAGCGGACCCUGCUGGCCCGGCUGGUGCGCUCUAUGAGGUUUGAAGAUUUCCUGGCCCGGAAGUGGUCCUCAGAGAAGCGGUUUGGCCUGGAGGGCUGUGAGGUCAUGAUUCCUGCCCUCAAGACCAUCAUCGACAAAUCCAGCGAGAUGGGGAUCGAGAAUGUCAUCCUGGGGAUGCCACACAGGGGCAGGCUGAACGUGCUGGCCAACGUCAUCCGCAAGGACCUGGAGCAGAUCUUCUGCCAGUUUGACCCCAAGCUGGAGGCGGCGGAUGAGGGCUCCGGAGAUGUCAAAUAUCACCUCGGCAUGUACCAUGAGAGGAUCAACCGAGUCACAAACAGGAACAUCACUCUGUCGCUCGUGGCCAACCCCUCCCACCUGGAAGCUGUGGACCCCGUGGUGCAGGGGAAGACGAAGGCAGAGCAGUUCUACCGCGGGGAUGCUCAGGGCAAGAAGGUCAUGUCCAUCCUGGUGCAUGGGGAUGCCGCCUUCGCUGGCCAGGGUGUGGUCUAUGAGACCUUCCACCUGAGUGACCUGCCCUCUUACACCACCAACGGUACCGUGCACGUCGUCGUCAACAACCAGAUUGGCUUCACCACGGACCCCCGGAUGGCCCGCUCCUCACCAUACCCCACCGACGUCGCCCGUGUAGUCAACGCGCCCAUCUUCCAUGUGAAUGCAGACGACCCAGAGGCCGUGAUGUAUGUGUGCAGUGUGGCGGCCGAGUGGAGGAACACCUUCAAUAAAGACGUCGUGGUGGACCUGGUCUGUUACCGCCGGCGUGGCCACAACGAGAUGGACGAGCCCAUGUUCACGCAGCCGCUCAUGUACAAGCAGAUCCACAGGCAGGUGCCUGUGCUGAAGAAGUACGCAGACAAGCUCAUCGCCGAGGGCACCGUGACCCUGCAGGAAUUCGAGGAAGAAAUCGCCAAAUAUGACCGGAUCUGUGAGGAGGCGUUUGGCAGGUCCAAGGAUAAAAAGAUCCUGCAUAUAAAGCACUGGCUGGACUCCCCCUGGCCUGGCUUCUUCACUGUGGACGGGGAGCCCAAGAGCAUGACAUGCCCAGCCACGGGUAUUCCAGAGGACAUGCUGACCCACAUUGGUGAAGUGGCCAGCUCUGUGCCCCUGGAGGACUUUAAGAUCCACACGGGCCUCUCUCGUAUCCUGCGGGGCCGUGCGGACAUGACCAGGAAGAGGACAGUGGACUGGGCGCUGGCAGAGUACAUGGCCUUUGGCUCCCUGCUCAAGGAAGGCAUCCAUGUGCGGCUCAGUGGGCAGGACGUGGAGAGGGGCACAUUCAGUCACCGGCACCACGUUCUCCAUGACCAGGAAGUUGACCGGAGGACGUGUGUCCCCAUGAACCACCUCUGGCCUCACCAGGCCCCCUACACUGUGUGCAACAGCUCCCUCUCGGAGUACGGAGUUCUGGGCUUCGAGCUGGGCUACGCCAUGGCCAGCCCCAACGCCCUGGUCCUCUGGGAGGCGCAGUUUGGUGACUUCCACAACACGGCCCAGUGCAUCAUCGACCAGUUCAUCAGCACGGGCCAGGCCAAGUGGGUUCGGCACAAUGGCGUCGUGCUGCUGCUGCCCCACGGCAUGGAGGGCAUGGGCCCGGAGCACUCGUCAGCCAGGCCCGAGAGGUUCCUGCAGAUGAGCAAUGAUGACUCGGACGCCUACCCCGCGUUUACCCAGGACUUCGAGGUGAGACAGCUCUACGACUGCAACUGGAUAGUGGUCAACUGCUCCACGCCGGCCAGCUACUUCCACGUGCUGCGCCGCCAGAUCCUGCUGCCCUUCCGCAAGCCGCUGAUCAUCUUCACACCCAAAUCUCUGCUGAGGCACCCAGAAGCCAAGUCCAGCUUUGACCAAAUGGUUUCUGGGACCAGCUUCCAGCGGGUGAUUCCUGAGGAUGGGGCUGCGGCGCAGGCUCCCGGGCAGGUGCGGCGGCUCAUCUUCUGCACAGGAAAGGUGUACUAUGACCUGGUGAAGGAGCGGAGCAGCCAGGGCCUGGACAAGCAAGUGGCUAUCACACGCCUGGAGCAGAUCUCUCCAUUCCCCUUCGACCUGAUCAGGCGAGAGGCAGAGAAGUACCCGGGUGCAGAGCUGGUGUGGUGCCAGGAGGAGCACAAGAACAUGGGCUACUACGACUACAUCAGCCCGCGCUUCAUGACCAUCCUGGGCCGAGCGCGGCCCAUAUGGUAUGUUGGCCGAGACCCAGCAGCUGCACCAGCCACAGGAAACAGGAACACUCACCUGGUGUCUCUGAAGAAGUUUCUGGAUACUGCCUUCAAUCUCCAGGCCUUUGAGGGCAAGACAUUUUAGAGCCUGCCUGGGUCUUGCUGUGGGGUUGUUGAGGACGUUGGGGACAUUAGGGACUGGCUGGCUCUUCUGCCCAGGAGAGGGACUGUCAGGGUCCCCAAGAUAAAACAUACCCAUGCAGUGAUUGAGGCCAAAGAGUAGGUACCGCUGGCUUCGGUAUUAUGCCACCUUGGGCCUUUGUGUUUAUUUCAGAAUCUCUUAGGGCUGAGAAAGCCAGAGGGGUCUGAUAGAUGGGCUGUAGUUGUAGAGUGUUUCCCCAGCUGCCCGGGUCUCUCUGGAGUGUUCGUGUGGCUUCUCCGUCUGUGUCGUUCAUGUCUCUGCAGACAGCCAGCCACCCAGGAGCCCGUGUCUCUGGUCUCUCUGUCUCCCAGCCUGGUAGACUUGACUGCUGCUCACCCUGUCCUUGUUCGUCUGUGGAUUCAAGAACUGUUCUCUUUUGUGCUCUUAGAAAUAGAGAUCUUAGCAAUAACAACCAGGUGAAGCAAAACCAUGCCAGGUGAUUUAUAUGUGCUCUGUUUUAUGGGGUGUGUCAUAAUAAAAUAUAUGUCAGCUUCUGUGUGAAAUACAGCCAAGGCUCACAUGUACCAAAGUAGAAAACCAAAUAACAGAGAAAUUAGAAAAUGCUUAAGGGAGACUUCCUGUUGUCACUUCAUGUUGUAAAGUUGGGGGAAGAGGCAGAUGGUUUAGAGACGGUGAGGGAUGGGGGGAAAGAAAAACGAAACAUGUAGGGGAUAACUAUCUGCCUCCUGUGGCCAGAUUUUCCUUUGAGCACCAGGCGAUGUUUGCAGAUCUGUCAGCAUUGCCAGUCUUUAGCCUUUCGUUGGUUUGCUUCCCUGCAAAGAUGCUGGGGAAGCAGCAGCACAGGAGGGAUGGUUUGCUUUCUGCAAAUCAUUUAUUCCCUGCUCCCCUUCUCAGAGCACUUCCUCUGUGCUAGACGCUGGGACCCAGGGUGAAAGAAACGUGUGUCUUGGAGCCCAGCACGGGAGAUGGGUAAACAGUUUUCAGUUGGCCCUCCGUAUCCGUGGGGGUUCCACAUCCACAGAUGCAAAAAUACUUGGGGAAGAAAAUUCCAGAAAGUUCCAAAAAGCAAACUAUGUUACGUGGUAUUUACAUUGUAUUUACAACUAUUUCCUGGCAUUUAUACUGUGUUCGGUAUUGUAAGUAAUCUAGAGAUGAGUUAAAAGUACGUGGGAGGAUGUGUGUAGGUUACAUGCAAAUGCUGUACCAUUUUAUACGAGGGACUCGAGCAUCCGUGGAGUUCGGUAUCUUCGGGGAGGUCCUGGAACCAAUCCCCCAUGGAUACUGAGGGGCUGCUGUCAUUCACUGAAUUGUGGGUUAUGUUGGAGGUAAGUGCAGAGGGCUGUGGAAGUCAGGGAAGUCUCCCUGGAGAUGAUGGUGUUUGAAGAAAAGAGUCCUACAGGACAGCUGGGAGACAUGAGCCUCUUAUAGAGCAGACCCGGAAAUACUGAUUGAUCAUGGGGUUAGAGUGGGGCACCCUAAAGAAAAACAUCAACGUGAAGUUGGAGGAUAGGGUGUUAAAAUUCCAUCUGCUCAAGUACAGCUUAUUGGGGUACACGCUGAAUCACACUGCAGGAGCGUUCUCGGUGACAUAAAGUAAAAGUAAUUAGAGCUGCCACUUAUAGGAUGUGUGUCCUGGGCCCUCUGCUGGGUGUUUUGCAUAUAUUACUAAAUAUUCUUUAACCUUCACCAUGGCUUUGCAUGCUGGGAAUAUACCCAUUUUAUAGAUGAGGAAAUCAAAGUUCACAUGAAUUUGCAAAUAAUUUCAUGUGAACCUUGAAGUUGAGGGCCACUCGCCAAGUCGACUUGGCUUCUGUCUGUGAGGCUACACUGCUUCCCUUGGGAAAUAACCUCUUCCCAUAGCGUGUAUUCCCGGCCCUGUGGAAAUCUAGCAGUCUGGGGUCUCUCCCUGCAGCUGGGCUGUGGCAGUGAGUGGGGAUGCCCUACUACACACUGCCCCUUCCUCACUCUCUGUGUAGGGAGGCUGCAGACAGGCUGGUGGGGACCAAUUGCUGGGGUUGCCAAACUGAAGAAAACCAAACACAUGAAACGAGGGCUCCAAACUCUACAAAGAUAAUAACUAACACUGGGAAGUAAAAUGGAGCUCAUGGAACAAAGGCUUUAUAUGAACUGUAAUAACUUCAGAGGGCAAGGGAGAUCUUGCUUCUAUGAAACAGUAAUAGACUAUUAAAAAAAAUCAGAUGUUUAGAAAAUACCAAAUAUUGCCAAAACAAAGACAUCAAUAGAUGGGCUGAAUGAGUUCUUUCAUUGUAAGCCACAGAAGUGACCCCUGGAAUUUGUAUGUAGGAAGCCUGGGAGACAGCUCAUGGGGUGGAGGGAAGUGACCCGAAUAGAUCUGGGGAUCUGGGCAAUAGAAACUAAUGGAGAGCCUGGUCCGUGCUGUUCUGAAGUUGAAUUCUUAGAUUUCUAAUCGUGUUCAAUCAUUUUUGUCACUAUCCUUAAGAGUUAAAUUCUAGGAAAGAAUGUCUGAUUGGCAUUUCUCGGGCCACCCAUAUCUUUCUUGGAGUAUUUUGACUGACAGCCUAUCCAAGACUCUGUGCAACGAAUGGAAGAGGAACUUGAAAAUAAACUUGGGGUGUGGUUUCCAGGAGGUGAGAAUAUGGAUGUUGGGCAGAACAAACUAUAGGUGCCCACUCUACUUCCUCGGCCACGAGGUAGGUGUGAGAACAAUAACAGCUGAUAUUUAUCAAGUACUUACUAUGUGCCAGUCGCUGUUCUUGGUCUCUUCCACCUAAUUACACCUCUAAAUUCUCACUGUGCCCCAUGAGACAUGUAUUGCUUUCGUGCUACCCGUUAAGAUGUUGAGGCUCAGAGAGGUUGAGUAAUUUUCCUAAGGUCACAUGGUUGGGAUUCACAUCCAGUUGGUUGGGGUCUAGUGUCCUUAUCGUGAGCCUUUGAGCCGCAGUUACCUCUGGACUCAGGUGCUUCUUCAUAAGGUCGAUUGAGAGUUAAGUGAGGCAGUAUGGACAGAGCACCAGACACAGUGGUCAGUCCAUGACGGUUGUUCAGUGUCUAACCACGUUGGUCAGUGUGGGUCCAGCUGGGGUUCGUUGGGUUUUCUCCAUAUGUGGGGAGUGAGAGAAGGCGAUGUGAGCUGUUUUUCCUUUGAAUAACUAAGGAAACUUUCAUAAUAAGGCGGAAUUCUCAAAAAUUGGAGGCCAGAGUUGAAUUGUGUUACAAAUGAUCUGUCUCCCAUUCUGUUUGUCACCUCUCUUUCCAGCUGAAGUGCAAAGUGAAAAUACUCUGCAGUCAUUUCCUUCACAGAAUUGCUGGACCCAAAAGAAAGGUCAAAGAAAACAGAUGCUGCUUUACUGCAGAGGAUCGUAAAAACCAAACUUCAUCUUUUUCCUCAUGGGAAAAGUAAUAUAUGUCCUUUGCGUAAUAAAGAAGCAUUCCAGAUAAUAAUAAAACAUAAUAACCCCUGAUGUAUUGACGGCUUCACAGUGCGCCAGGAUCUGGGCUCUGCUCUGUAUGUUCUUUCAUUUUUAUCCUCAUAAUAGUCACAUGAGGAAGAUGUUAUUACCACCCCCAUUUUAUAGAGGAGAAAAC